AUGUCCGCCCCCAAGGUCGCCCUCCUCGCCGCCCUCGCGGCCGUCGCCCACGCCGCCGGCGACGACACCAUCGGCUUCGGCCCUGCCUUCUCCCUCGGCCCCACCCAGUCGUGGAUCCGCGAGGCCAACACGACCAUCGUGCUCCCCGAGGUGCCCAGCCCGCAGGUGGACCGCCUCGCUCUCUGGCCGGGAAUGGGCACCAGCGGCGGCGACCUGAUCCAGGCGCUGGCCGUGUCCUUCACCGACCCCAGCGCCAACUGCGACGGCGCCACCUCGGGCCAGUGGUGCAUCUGGGCGAGCACGCUGCAGGGCACGCAGCUGGGCGGCAAGAUGGUCCCCGCCAACGCGGGCGACCAGGUCACCAUGUACUACGUCUUCAACGACGACACGAGCAAGUACGACCAGACCGUCUAUCUCAAUGGCAAGCAGGUCUCAACCCUGUCGACCAGCUCCGGCCAGGCCCAGGGCUGGGGAACGGCGGUCGAGUGCCAGGCCCAGGCCUGUGCAGGCACUGCUCUUGCUCACAAGUACGUCGACACGACGGUGAUCCUGAAUGAGGCGGACACCACUUUUGCUGGCACUCUGGGCACCAACGAGGUGACUUCCACCGGUCUCAAGACGGAGGACAACAAGGUCUUCACCGUUGAGACUAUCAAUGUCCAGGCUCACACCUACAACUUGUAA